CUAAAGCAUUAUUUUCUUUUAUUUUAAACAUUUGGGAAUUUUUUAAACAUUUGGGGAUCCACUUGACUUAUUCGAAUCAAAUUUCCAUUUAUUGUGAGCCCAUUUAUUGGAAAUUUACAACGCAACAAUGUGUAAAAAAAUCGUAAUUUUGUGUUAAUUUGCCAACGUACCAAUGUGUCUGCCAUGAUGUUUUCAGCGUCGUUUUGAAGAAGCAGACUAAAAAGUUUUUGGGAUAAUGCUGAUUGUUUUGCCACAAAUUACGGGAGAACUGUAACAAAAAUCAGAAUGGUUGUGGAUGUACAUAUGAGGCCCUUUAACACCUUUAAAAUGCAACCAGCCUGUAUGACGCCCAAAGAACUCUCUGAAAAUGACGAUUUGGCUACUUCUCUAGUUUUGGAUCCACAUUUAGGCUUUACUACUCACAAAAUGAAUAUACGAUACAGGCCUCUCAAAACCAAUACAUCAGAACUUAAAAGCAUCAUAAUAGAAUUCAUUAAAAACCAGAAUUAUGAAAAGACUUACGAGAGAAUCUCAAGUGGCGAAUGGAUACCUAGAAUUAAAUCAAAAAAUCAACAGCGUAAGCUACAGGAACACAUUUAUAGGUAUCUUAGAGUUUUUGACAAGGAUUCUGGAUUUGUGAUAGCCCCUUGUUACCGUUAUUCCUUGGAAGGUCAGAAGGGUGCGAAAAUAGCAGCGACGCGAAAGUGGUACAAAAACGAAAAAAUAGAAUGUCUUGUUGGUUGCAUAGCCGAACUAACGGAAGAGGAAGAAAAACAAUUGCUUCAGCCUGGAAAAAACGACUUUUCUGUAAUGUAUAGUUGCAGGAAAAAUUGUGCGCAACUAUGGCUGGGUCCCGCCGCUUACAUCAAUCACGAUUGUCGGGCAAACUGCAAAUUUGUCGCUACGGGACGAGAUACAGCUUGCGUCAAAGUCUUGCGGGAUAUAGAGAUAGGUGAAGAAAUCACUUGCUUUUAUGGCGAAGAUUUCUUCGGCGAUAAAAAUUGUUAUUGCGAAUGUGAGACUUGCGAAAGACGCGCCACCGGUGCAUUUGCUAGAGAAACUGAACACAAAGAAGAAAACGGCUAUAGCUUGAGAGAAACUGAUAAUAGACUGAAUAGGACUAAGCAUAAACCACAGGUUAUCAGCAAAGAAGAUCCUAUGAAGUGCAGUGAAAGACUAAGAUUGCAAAAUAACAAAAUUGUCACUCUGUUAAGUAUGAAGGAGCUCAGGCAGAAGGGACUUACAAAAUAUGAUGCGGAAAUGUUGAUCGCGCAAGGUUGUAAAUUUACAGAUAUAGGGGAGUUUCAAAGUUUGAAACGAGCGAGCCGUAGCAGUUCGAGUUUAGGCGCGAAUGAUAGGGGUACCCGAUUCAGCGGUAAAAGUUCUGUGAUAAAUGAAGAGCCAAAAAGCGCGUUUAACGGAAUUAGCUCGCGGACCACGCGGUUACUGAGACGGCAAGCCCAACGAGCGAAUCAAGAACUUAUGCACUCGUCCACUCACCACAAUAUAUCGCGGUCGAAUUUACUAGAUGAUCUGCACAGCAACGCGAGCAGUUGUACUAGCACGUGUAGCGAUAACGAUCCCGUUUGUGAAGCCACGCAACAAAACAAAAAAUUUAACGACAGCCAUGAAAGCGGGAAAUUGAGCACUUGUGAUGAACAGACGGGGAUUAAAUUACGCAGUCAUAAAUGCUUAACGGAGUCGUUGGAGCGUGUUCACUCAAACGGAGAGCAUUCAAAAGAGGAAGCAGACGCAAUUAGGUGCACCCAGUGCGAUGGAAUGAAUAAUAAUCACGAAAGCAACUCUGUCAAGGGUGGGAGAAAUUUUAGGCGGACUACACGAAAUUCUAACAGAAAGUAUUACAAAGUGACCCAUCAAGACGGUUACCGCGGAGAUACUGUGAAAAACGAUAUUUAUGAGUUCAAUGAUGAUGAAGCGUGUGACGAUACCUUAAGCCUUCGAAAGAAAAUAGAUGUUGAGUGUGAACAGUCAAAACUAAAAGACGUCAGCAGUGAUAAUUUGGAAGUCAAAGCUGAAACUCACACUACCAUCGAACAUAGCAACUGGCAUGUGGAAACAUUUAACGACGUUGUGUCGGAGCCACCACCAGAUUGUAUUCAAAACACGGAAAAAACCCCUGAGAGGUGCGGCGGUCGCGUAAAGCUUACGCUCAGAAUGAAAAGAAGUCCCGUAUUGGAUGAGGUGAUCGAAUCUGGUAAUAGCCUGAGCGAUGAGUUUUUUGAGCCCGAGUAUGAAGUAUUACGGGUAGAGGGCGUUGAAGAUGACGAAGUACAAUACACACCUUAUUCUCAUAGGAAGAAACGUCACAAGUCCAAGGAUAGGAAAAGGGAUCGACGCAUUAAGAUGGAAGAACAGCAGAUGGAGAACCAAGAGGAUGAGACUGUCGAAGAAGAACUGCCAGCUUUGCCCAUGAAACGGCUUAGGCUAAUAUUUGGUAACGAGAGUCAUACCAUUGACAUACCGUCCACCAGUACUCACUGCGAGAUGUGAUUAACGUUUACUUUGGUUUGUUGUACAAGAAAAUCAUCGCGAGAAUCCGAACCUGGUGAAAAAUUCUGCUCGCCUGACUUUAAUUUUCAUUUAUUGACUAAAAGUUAAACGUGACUGACUUGGGAAUUUUAUUUAUAAAAAAACAAAAUAGGGUCUGGGAAGCGAGUUUUCAUUUUUCACACUUUUUUGAAUUUUGCAAAUUUUUGUUUGGUUAUUUUUAAAAAUUCAGGUAACAAAAUAUUAAUUCAAAAUAUGUUUAGUCUUUUCGCCUAUUACCUUUAAAUAUCAUAUGCACAUUACAAAUUUGAUAAAGAACUACAAAUUUAAUUCUAUUAUAAUUUAAAAAUUGCUGCCCCACGGUUUUUGCCAUAUUAGCAGAUAUGAAUUUAUAAUGAUUUUCAGUUUCAAGUAUGAAAAUGAAUCAAAAAAGGUGAUAUUGCGAGGAAAAAACAAGUCCUUUUUAUUUGCAAUAACUGCGUAACCAUGUUUUUUUAUACUUUUAAUAUAAAAAAUGCAUUUUAUGUAACUUGCUGUGAGAUACUUUGUUUGAUUUUUGGAAGUGGCUGUUUGAUGUUGAUAAACCAGAUUUAUUAAUUUGAUGCAUUACCAACUCACUUCAUAGCAAAUUCUGUGCUUGGUCAAAAUGAAAUUAGAAGUGAACGACGACUUAGGACCAAGCAGAUGAAUGCCAUUUUUUUAGUAUAUUUGCAUUACUUUUUUUUCAGAAAUGUGUCCUGUUUUUUUAAACUUUAGUUGUCAUGGAUUCUUUAGCACCUACAUAUGUGGUCGUUUCAAACUUGAAAAUAAAUCUCCACAUUUUCAAAAACAUUGCCCUUUGUUUUAGGCCAUUACUGCAGUUGUUCCCACUGUUUGUCGUGUUUUUUUUUUUGUAUCCAGGCACAGGUUUGUUAUUUAUGGUUUUCUUUAGUAUAUUAUUUAAUUAAGGCUGCAAAAAAGAUAGUGAAUUAUUUUUUUAAUUGUAGCUAUAAGUAGCACGUAUUCGAUGUAAAUAUAUACACCAUUUUAUUUAUUUCCAAAAUCGUAUUUUAGGUGAAUUUAAUGUUACUUUUUCUCAUUCGCGUGUCUAUUAUUUAGUGUCACAUGUAUGACGUAAAUGCAAGAAAUGCUAUGUUGGUAUUGGACAACAUUCUAGGUGGUCCAUUUAAAUAUUUCCUUUACAAUCAUGUAAUGGGAUUUGCCAAUUUAGCAAUUCAAGUACUGCCAGAUAGGAAUACACAGAUUACAUGUACAGAAACAAAGAUUUCAUAAAGUUAAAAUACAAAGUAUUUUGUCCUGUUUGGCAACAUUGCUAUACUAAAUCUUUAAUGUGUUGUUUCUGGCAUGUACAAAAAGAAUCUUGUUAAAACAUGUUUAUUGUUGAAAUUUAAUGAAAAUGUUCCCUGUAAAAAUUAGGGUUUCUUUGUAUAUAAAUGUAAUGUAAAUGUUAAGUGCAAAAAGAUGUAAUAAAAAUUUCUUUAGUUUUUUUCAUGCGUCAA